AUGGCGUCUGGAGAGAAUUCCAGCCACGAAGCAUUGCUUCUACUCCCUUGCACUCUUUCAAACUCAUUUGCUUCUUUAAAAGCUGCAUACCAACCUGCGUUGUCAAUAAUUCUUGCCGAACUUUCUAGUCCUAUCAAAGGAACCAGUGGUAAGGCAGUGUUAGAUAUCGCAAUUACCGCACGUGGUCUAGCCGUACCAGAAUCUGCGCCACGAGGCAGGGCAUUCGUGCAUUUGCAACAACUGUUGGCUUCUUUUUACCGGCUCCUUGGCGCGACGAGUGUUGCGCAAUCGGUUGAAUUGGAUGGACCAGGUGGGGUGGACGCGAGAGUAUUUUUUCUUGAUGAUAGCGGCAAUGGCAACGAUGAUAACGGGCUCGGUCAUGGAAACAGCCAGAUGGGGCCAAUUAUACAUCUGACUGAUAUGGUAGUUUCUGGUCGUUCCUGGGAAACGGUUUUCUCUCUUGAGACAAGAGAAGGGGAUAUGAUCCUUAAUGCCCUCACCACGACAGCAAAGAGACAAGGGCUUUCAAACCCAGUCUCCACUAUUCGGAGGCUUCCUGGCAUCCCAGAGUUACAGAUGCCGACAAAUAUUUUUGAGCAACCUGACUUGCAUCCGCGACGCCAUUAUUCCGUUGCAGUUGGCGGGACUUUUGAUCAUUUGCAUGUAGGGCACAAACUUCUGCUCACGGCAACCGCCCUUGUCAUUGACGCAGUGCCAUCAGGGCCUGAGCCGAUUCAAAGGACCAUCACCAUUGGUAUCACGGGAGAUGAGCUGUUGGUAAAUAAAAAGUAUGCAGAGUACCUAGAAAGUUGGGAUGAUCGAUGGCAGGGUGUUUGGACAUUUAUGGAAUCGAUAAUAGAUUUUUCACCGCCGUUUGCGGAUCGAGCUGCUACUCAAAAGGCGACCACCAAAAUCGAGCACGUUCACUACCCCGGACCAAAUGGCAAGUACGUCCGUGUGCGAGUGUCAUCGGACUUGGAUAUUAAAUUCGUUCAAAUUUCUGAUCCAUUCGGUCCCACUAUCACAGACGAAGCUAUAAGUGCUUUAGUCGUGUCUAAGGAGACUCGAUCGGGUGGGAAGGCAGUGAAUGACGAACGGGAGAAGAAAGGCUGGUCAAAGCUAGAGAUUUUUGAAGUUGAUGUUUUGGAUAGUAGUGCAGCCGAAAUCCAGGGAGAGGCUGUUGACAAUUUUGAGACCAAGAUAAGCAGCACAGAAAUUCGUCGACGCCAGAUGAACAUAGCUAAGGGGAAUCUAUGA